AUGUUUCGUCUACAUGGUCGGCCGCUUAGGCAUCUUUUUUCCCUGCGAUCUGCCUCCUUCAGACGGCUUUUCACUCCAUCAGAUAGCCAACCGCCCGAUCCAAACGACAAGUUGGAAGAAGAAUCGCUUCCAGAAUAUCUUCAGGAUCGAUUUUAUCCUGUAAAAAUCGGUGAAACGUUCCAGACUAGGUACCAAGUCAUUGGAAAACUAGGAUUUGGUGUCUGUUCAACGGUGUGGCUAUGCAAGGAUCUCACACAGCACAAGUAUGCCACUUUGAAGGUCUUUGGGCGCGACUUGCUUGAAGGAAAAAGAAGACUCGAACUCUACGAUCGCAUUAACGCGGCUAAUACCUCCCAUGCUGGCGCCAUGCUUGUUCGCACAGCGCUUGAUAACUUUCAGAUCGCCAAUGCGAAAGGGCGUUAUCAGGUUAUUGUGCACCAGCCUCUAGGCAUAAGGCUAUAUGACCUCAGACAUCGGUUUGUUGACAAAAUACUACCCGAAGGAGCAGUGAAAAUGACUUUGAUCCAUCUUCUACUCGCUCUUGACUACCUACAUACAGAAGCUGGCAUCAUCCAUACUGACAUACAGGAAAAGAACGUCAUGCUCGGUAUUGAGGAUGAGUUAAUAUUGGCAGAGUUUGAGGAAGGAGAGAAAUCCAAUCCUAGUCUCCAGAAAGUCGUUGGAAAUCGGGUGAUUUAUGCAUCUCGCAAACUCAAUAGAACAAACGACUAUGGCCGACCUGUUUUAUGUGACUUUGGCCAAGCUCGUUUUGGAUCUGCCCGUUACGAUGGUGACAUUCAACCAUAUAGAUACCGAGCUCCAGAAAUUUUGCUACGUACGACUUGGGAUGAAAAAGUUGAUAUAUGGAAUCUAGCGAUUAUCACAUGGGACAUUUUCCAACAGGACCAACUGUUCUACGCUAAAGAUUCGAAUAAUAAAGACUCGAGUGCUCAUCAUAUCGCUGAGAUAAUUGCAAUUCUUGGGCCGCCACCUAGAGAAAUGCUACAGAACAACGACUAUGCUACACAAUUCUUUGAUUUAGAGGGCAAUUGGAAGGGAGCGGCUCCCAUUCCAUCAACUACCUUGGAGCAGAAGGAGGGAAUUUUGCAAGGUAAACCGCAACAGCUCUUUCUUGUCUUCAUGCGCAAAAUGCUUCAGUGGCGGCCAGCGGAAAGAAGUUCUGCUAGAGAGUUGUUAGCGGAUGAAUGGCUAUGCUCACCAUAA